CGUCCCAUCCAAACCCCGCCGCCAAACCGGGGACGUUCGACGGUGAUGGCUAAGAGUCUGGGCCUGCUGCUGCUAUUGGUCUCCCUCUUGGAAGCCAAAGUGUCAGGGCCAGGCAGCUUGCUACGUGCUGGCCGAUCAGAGGAUGACUUUGUCCCACUACGAUCCACUCUAGACGAGGAGGCGGAGGACAAGCAACCUGCCGAGGGUGAAGGAGCGAGCGAGGACAAAGUGGCCGCAGAAGGUGAAAAGUCUGCAAUUGAGGGCGAGGCGGAAGCCACAAGUGGAGAAGCGGAAGGUAGCGAAGAAGCAGAGGCUGAAGGAGCAGAAGGAGAAGAGGGCGAAGAGGAGGAGCUGAUUCCCUCAGAAGCUGACAGCGAGGUGGCCUAUAUGCUCUUGGGGGCUGUGAUCUUUGUGGUCUCUCUCUUCUAUCUGGUAAAUUGGGAUGAUGACGACAUCCGUUACUAUUCAAUGAACAUCAUCAGUAUGACCAUGUCCAUUUUCUCCGCCGUGCUGAUGUACCAGGGCAUCAACGAUCAGAUCAAGCGCUUUUCAGCUGACCUGCCCGAAUUUGCAAGGGUGGUCAUCCAAUUUGCUCAUUGUGCCUGUUACAUCGUGAUCAUGCAAGUCUUGAUCAGCGCGCUGUCCGGUGUGGUUGUGUUCCCCGGGGCCACUGUGGUGAACUUUGACGAGAAGGUCUGGCUCAUUGCCGAAGGACUGAGGUGUGACUACGGCAGGAAAUUGACUCCAGAAGAGGUUCAAAAGGUCCGGGCCGUCGGCAGAGAGCCGGACGCCAAACGGAGUGUCUGGCUGGACCAGCACAACAUAGAAGUGCCAGUGCGCAAAGAGCGGCACAACCUGCGCAGGGCCCAAAGGUGGAUGAGGUGUUGGGCCAUGCUGUUAGCCCACAUGUCUGGCUUCGCAGCCAUCAACGCCGGCGCAAGGCUUCAAGCCGUGGAGGUCUUUGCCUCUUCUCCUGGCAUGGCGCUUUUGCCGGCCAUCAUCAACCAGGUGGUGCUGCAGAUUUUCUUCAAGUUGUCGUCAAUGGCACGGAGCAAAAGCAUGGAAGACUGCAUCAAGAACCAAGAGAGCAGUGGCCACUUCAAGGUGAAGUUGUGUCAUGAAGCUGUGGUGGAAGCGGAGAACGAUGUGUCGUCCUUGUCCCUUUCCUUCUUGUCGGUGCAGGUGAUCCGCUUCAUUAUCAGCGGAAUCAUGCCAAAUGAGGAGGGAGAGGAGGAACCCUUGGUGGCCCAUUCUUGGAUCCACAUCGCGACCUUCUUUGGCAUUGGUUUGAUGGCUAUGAUCUUGGCAAUCGUCAUGGCAAUGAAGUGCACCUCAGAGGAAGAAGGAGAAGACGAAGAGACCCACGACAAGACUCCAAAGAAGGCUCACAAGGUGCCAGAUGAACCCCUUAGCGAGCGUUUAGGGAUGAUCAUCAGCAACUCUUUGGCCAUGGCCUUCGCCUGGAUUCUCCUCUUUGGGACCAAGUGGACGCUCAUCAAAGUGGAGUUUCUGAACAUCGAGUCCAUGAUGGGUCAGAUCGUCCAUGCCUUGGGUUUGUCCAUCUUUUGCGGCCUGGCGGUGUUCCUGUUGGAUUCUGUGGAUGACACCGUCCGUGAAACCAAAGGAGGAGCCGAGGCGGCGAGCAAGGCGAUUCGUGUCAUCAUUCAGGCCAUUGCCAUCUUGGUGGGUUUUUCUUGGGAGCACUGCUUCGACGCCGCGGUGGCGGACGUGGCCUUCAUCACACCACACAAGAGGUUGUCCAAGUUCCUCCUGGGCUGCUUCGUGUGUGUCUUUUUGGUCCCAGCCUGGCGAAGGCAUAUCCUUACAAAAGUCAUGGCCUAUGAGGAGUUGAAGAAGCAAAAGCGACACUUCAACCAACAGAAGAAGAAGCCCCCUGGCUGCGGCGACACAUCGAUGUAAAAGCCGAAGCUGUGGUGUUUUUUCACCCGUUUUUUUUUCCGCAUGCGCACAC